UCAAGUUUCUCUUAAAAUAUCAAUAUUCUUUAAGUCAAAUAAAUAACAGGAAAAUUAAGACAUAAAAAUUCGAAGAACGCGAUGGAAAUAAACUUCAUCACUUUCUUAUCUUAUUUACACGACAAACGUUUACGUAUAGGAAACACAGUUGAAAAAUUGAAGAUGUCUCGUCUCAAAGAUGUUGCGCGUCCUUGACGUCGGAGAAAAAUCACGGAACGAAAGUUCGCUUGCGAUUCAUCUCCACGUCGUUUCGCUUUAUCUCUCAAAAUUAUCGCGUCCACGUUGCGGAUGUGCCACGUAUGCGCUGUUAAGAUUAGCCAGAUUAAGGUUAACAGCUUCCAUUCGAGGCGUUAUCGCGCUGAAGCGUUUCUUUGAAAGAGCGGAAAGUUCGAAACGUUCUUCUUUUUCUUCGACUCGACUCGCACAAGAGGAGAUUUCUUUUGUAUAUCCGAACCGGGAGACACUUAAAUCUAACUGUAUCAGGAUCGAGACACAGGCAGCUCAGAGACUUCAGAGACAGGAUGAGAAGGAGCAAGGAAAUUCUAAGCGUGCCUCGUAAAUUUUGCUGAGGGCAGGACACGCGUUGGUCGACAUUGAAAGUUGACGAACGGUACCACGGUGUUAACGGUGUUCCUCGUAAUUAAGUAAAUCGCGUCAUCUCGCGGAGAGAGAGACUAUUCGCGUGUCUCUUGUUGCUCGACCAUCGGCGUCACUCGUUUCUUUGAAUAAAGUGGUAGAAAAAAGAUGGAAGAAUACGAAGAGAUCGUGAUACUCGUAGCAAUUAAGGAUCACUUGUGAGGAUCACGAUCCUGUACAGUUAACCAAAUAUCGGCUAUGACAGGGACGAUGUGUGUUUAACGCGGUUAUAUACGUCAGGUGUCGGAUGCGGAGACGAGGAGGAGAUUCAAAGGAGGAAGCAACAAGUGGUGGACAUCGAAAUUGGAACGACGAAGGGAGCUAUUAAACCAUUAAGGAUGAAUCGAAGAUUGUUCCAAAUGGAUGGAAUUGUUUUUAAAAAUAAUUAAAAUUAAUCUUGAUAAUCUUUUUGAUUGAUCGAAAAUCAAUCAAUUUUGUUUCUUAAUUUUUAAUUAUUGAAAUGAUGCAAACGAGGUUUUUUCAUCCGAUCGUGCGAAAUAUAAGCGUGAGAAGAAAGAAACGUUAUACCAGUUUAAAGAGGUCUUUCCAGAUUUAGAUAGACGGAUUGUUGCAGGUUAAUUGUCGUGUGCUGACCAGUUUAACCGCUUAUUUUACUCUAAUAUUCCCCCUUUUUUUUUUACAUUCUUGGAAUCUCAGUCGGUUCAUUCCCUAAUCAGAUUUUGCAUUUCCGCGAACCAUUCUAUAACUUUUCUCCUCGCAUGCGCGCGAAUCUCGAAGUUAGCCGGCUCCAUCCAUUGUAAAAAAAAAAAAAUAUCGUCGAGGUUCGAAUGAAAUAAGAAGCGGUUACAGAAAUUUACGAAGAAGCCGAGGAGCUGAAAAAGCAGCGAGGCGAAAUGCUAGGCUGAGCGACCGCUUGCGAAAUAAUUCGCGUGCAUAAUUGGUUCAAGGUUGUCAAGUACCGUUGCCUCGUGGAAACUUCGUAUCGAACCGAGAAGAGAACCUCCACCCAGCGCAUCUCUUCGCAUCUUUCCCGUAUUGGAACGUAAUUUUAAUUACCGCCAAGUAUUUCUAUGUCUUCAUUCAGACGGAUCAUAGAAUUACCAGUGAGUGAACGAGCCUUUUGUUUGGUCAAUCCUCGUCGGUUGAAAGAAACUCCUGUUAACCCGGAUCCCUUUAUUGUCGCAUGAUAUACCUCGGCCUUUUAAUGACUCUAAUGGAGACAGGAAUAACAACCGUUAAUCCCGUCUAAAAAUCGUGACAAUUUUAUUUUGUUGCUGAAAUUACGUACAAAGUACGGUAGAGGAUUAAGUAACGGCCGAGCCUUCUGUGCGAGCCUCCGUUGGAAUAACAACGGAGAGCGGGUGGGUGGCGAGGAGCGGAUAAAAACGUCGAUGGCUCUAUGACGCGGUUGACUGACGUAGAAAAUACUACGAUCCAUUGACGGUGUACGCCGGAGAAUCAUCCCACGAGCGAAAGUAUCACUACGAGCACGAUUGUUCGAGCGAGGAUGCGAUCGGAUCCGUCGAUAGGCCAGAGAAGGUUAAUUGAAAAGCACGUACGUCGGGACACCUUCGACCCGUGACGACCCGACGGAUGACACGAUCGCCGCUUCAUUAAAAACUCGAUGCGUCGCGUGAUGUUUUAUAAGAACGAUUAAAGUCGUAUUACGAGGAAUAAAAGGCUCGAUAUCUUGGGAUUACUCUCAAGAGUUCUGCCACGUUCGUGGAAUUUUUCAUGCGACGCGGCGCGAUUAAUUUACUCGAUAUUGUUAGCGAUCUCGUUUAUAAAAAGGAAUGACGAAGGAAGGUAAUUAAUCGCGGUUACGUGAACCUUGGCCGCCAUGGAGUAGCGACGACGGGAUGAUAAUCGUUGGCGCUCGUCACGCGCGUGUGUCGAAGACCUUAGACCCGGCGACCCGUCGGGAUGACAUCAUAAUUCCUUUACGGGAUACGGCUCUUUUUCCCGUUUUCGAAUGACAUAAACUCUCGUGGAAAGAAAUACUCUCGUGCAAGGUAGUUGGAACGAAUUACGUGAUUAAUUUAAGUGAGCGUUUCGUGGAUUAUUAUUUUCCUUGGCAUUGAAAUGGAUGAGUCAGAUGUCUUGAUGUUUGUAAUCUUUGAAUGUGAUUUUUGAUAUAUGAUGAUCUUGAUGAAUUGAUAAUUUAACAUUUUUUUUUUUUUUUUGAGAUACUUGUUAUCGGAUAUAUCAAUUUGAUCUUUUGCUUUCCGAUUUUUGUAAUUAUCCUUAAAUCUUUGACAUCUUAAGAUUUCGUAUAAUUAAUUCAAUUUGAACGAUCUUAUUAUUCUGACUAUGGAGAAAAAAAAACAAGUUAUCAAGCGGAAAUGACUUGUUAGAAGCUAUCAACGAAUUCGCAAUGUCUUCGUGACAGUCGACUGGCUACGAAGUGUGGGAGCGUGAGAUGAUGGAGGCGGUGAUGGAACGACGUCUGUGAAAAAACAAUGAAAGAGGGACAAAUUGCAGCGAUUAUUGAUCAACGAGUUUCCUUAAAUCGGUUGGAAAUAACAAGUUCAAGUACGAUCAUGCUCCGACUGACGUCUCUCUCCCUCUCUCUCUUUUCGUUUCUUUUGCAUUACAAUUUUUUUGCACGGAUUACGGGCCACGAGUUACGGUGAUAAGAAGGAAAGGACGAGUCGAGGUGGCGAUUCCUCGUGAUAAAUGAAGUAAUAAGGAUUAAGGAGAAGCGUGGAGCGGUAUCCAUCGUGACAGAAAGAAUGGAAGUGGAUCGUCUAUCGCGGGCAGACAGUGGAAACGGACCGUUCGUGGCGCGGCUACACACGAAGAGACCGGUGGUGAACGGGUUCAAGCGCGGCCACCGACGAGCAUAUUUCGUAUACACACACACACACACACAUAUAUAUACACACGUAACUAUACACGUGCGCGAACACGCGUAAUAUUACGUUAACCGCGCUUUCGUUUUCGACGAGAGGGAAGACAGAGUGCACUGGUGAUUCGUGAGAGACCCUGUUCCAGUGAGUUUCCAGGGACUGGCUCGAGAAGCUAGGAGGGCGAACGAAGGUCGUGCAGGUCCGUAGAGCCGAGCAGCGCGUCAUGGCUGCCACGAGGAUGGACUGGAAGAUUAGAUUAUACGCGAUCGUCUGGCUUCUGACAGCAGCAACGCUUCCAUGUCAGGCGGCGAGCCAUGACAACGGAGACAACGGAGAUGGAAACGCGGAGGACUCCGUAUUGGACGAGACAACCGAGGAUUAUUGGGCCGGAAGUGGAUCAAAUCCCGAGGAGGACGACAUGCUUCACAACGAAACCAGGGAAGCGUUAACGCACGAGGCCAGCGACCACGAAGCUGUGGUAUACGUUGGAGAUGGAGCAGCGUAUGUACCAGUACCGUCAUUGAAAGGAAGACCGUUGAGCCCGAAUCUUCAAGCUCUUCAAACUCUCCAGGGUUUGCAAGGAAUACCAGGAGGUGGAGGCACAGGGGUAGUCGGGGACGAGGACUGGAAGAGGCAUCCGGAAUCUUGGGAUCGGGAGCACAGGAGAUACAGGCCUAAUACCACUCGUGUUCAACAUAUCGAGGCGGAAUGCCAGGACGAUUACAUGAAGAUCAGGAUCGGUUUCAACGGUUCCUUCACCGGUCUCCUCUACUCGGCUGGUUACUCUUACGACCCGGACUGCAUGUACGUGAACGGAACAGGUCGAGACUACUACGAGUUCUACAUUCAGUUGAAUCGUUGCGGCACCCUUGGCGAGAACACCCAUCAUCAGGACAGUCGAAAAAAUCCUACUAAAAACCUGAUGUGGAACACGGUCACGGUGCAGUACAACCCGCUCAUCGAAGAAGAAUUCGACGAGCAUUUCAAAGUGACUUGCGAAUACGGAUACGACUUCUGGAAGACCGUCACCUUCCCCUUCCUCGACGUCGAAGUCGCGACGGGGAAUCCCGUAGUGUUCACCCUGCAGCCACCAGAGUGCUACAUGGAAAUCAGAUACGGUUACGGGACCACUGGAACUAGAGUGGCUGGACCAGUCCGCGUCGGGGAUCCACUGACUCUCAUUAUCUACAUGCGCAGCAAAUACGAUGGUUUCGACAUUGUCGUAAACGAUUGCUACGCUCACAACGGCGGAAAUAAAAGGAUCCAGUUGAUCGAUCAAUACGGAUGUCCUGUCGACGAUAAAUUGAUCAGCAGAUUCCGUGGAUCCUGGUCCGAGAGCGGCCUUUUCGAAACUCAGGUAUUCGCCUAUAUGAAAACGUUCAGGUUCACCGGUUCGCCAGCAUUGUAUAUUGAAUGUGACGUAAGAAUGUGCCACGGAAGAUGCCCGAGCCAACCGUGUCACUGGAGAAAUGCCAAAAACGUAGCGAAACGUUCUUUGCCAGAAAUUGGUGGUCCAUCGACACCAGCGACGAGUCUGUCAGAGAAUGUGAAUCUCUUCCAAUCGUUACGUGUACUUCAAGAGGGCGAGGCAGAUACAGAAUUCUUCCAGAAUUCUACUACGGCUUUUCGAAGUGGAACCAAUGAACCCACGAACGAUAGAGUGUGCCUUAGAUCUACGGUUCUUAGUACGAUUAUAGGAAUCGGUUGUGGCUUCCUCUGUCUAAUGGCAGGAACGAUAUUAGCAAUGUGUUCGCGAAUUCGACGACAAGCUAGGGAAAAACUUUUAUCCGACAGCAUAAGUUACAUGACCCACAAAGGUAGAAUUAACUGAACGCGAUCACUUUGCAUAUUUUAUUCUUUUUCUCUUCUUCUUCGUUGCGUUUCCGUCGGUAUAAAUGUUUGAGGAAAUUGCCGAAGGAAUAUCCCCUGUUGGUAAUAAUGCGAGGAAGAAUACCGCAAUCGGUAAAAAUGGGAAUAAGCUCAAUACUUUCGAUCGACGGUUGUUAAAAACCAAGACCAAAUCCACAAAUCGUAAUGUAUUUAAAAAUUGUGUAUCUAAAGUUAAGGAUAUUUGCCACAGACGAAGUAUAGAUGUGAUAUUUUUGGAUUUUUCCAUGUUUUCAAAUACCGAUCUCGAGAAAAAAGGUAUCACACACGAUAUUACCAUUUUUGAUUUACGUCACUCUAUUUUUCUUUGUAACGAAAAACUAUAUAUUUUUUGAUACAAUAGAAGAUUCUUUAUA